CCGCAGCCGGAGCCCUCGCCUCGACGGCGGUCGCGGCGUGGCGCGGCGGCGGCGCGGAUGGUGAGAGGAGCCGCCCGGCAGCGCCUGCCCCGCACCGGCCCCGCCUCCAGAGCUGCAGGCCCGGCCGAGAAGCCCUGCCGCAAGCGGAGGCCCAGUUGCUCUAGAGUGUCCAGUCUACCACAGUGGAACACUGCAGCACCCGAGGGCCUCGCCACAGGAUUUAGAUCGAGCUUGCUGUGGAGCACACAGGACCUGGGGACUGAGUUUACCCUAAAAGAAAUCAUGUCAUCAGGAGGAGCUGAAGAUGAUAUUCCUCAAGCAGAGAGGAAAACAGUUACAGACUUUUGUUACUUACUGGAUAAAUCUAAACAGCUCUUCAAUGGCUUAAGGGAUUUACCUCAGUAUGGGCAGAAGCAGUGGCAAUCCUAUUUUGGGCGAACGUUUGAUGUUUAUACCAAGCUAUGGAAAUUUCAACAGCAACAUCGACAAGUAUUGGACAAUCGGUAUGGGUUGAAGCGGUGGCAAAUUGGGGAAAUUGCCUCCAAGAUUGGGCAGCUCUAUUACCAUUAUUACUUGCGCACUUCUGAAACCAGCUAUCUGAAUGAAGCAUUCUCCUUCUACUCAGCAAUUAGGCAGAGGUCAUACUAUUCCCAAGUCAACAAAGAAGACAGGCCUGAACUGGUGGUUAAGAAGCUGCGUUAUUAUGCGAGGUUUAUAGUAGUUUGUCUCUUGCUCAACAAAAUGGAUGUUGUAAAGGACCUUGUAAAGGAGCUGUCAGAUGAAAUUGAAGAUUACACUCAUCGUUUUAAUACUGAGGAUCAGGUAGAAUGGAACCUAGUUCUUCAAGAAGUGGCAGCUUUUAUUGAGGCAGACCCUGUAAUGGUUUUAAAUGAUGACAACACCAUUGUAAUCACCUCCAACAGGCUUUCUGAAACAGGAGCUCCAUUGCUAGAGCAAGGAAUGAUAGUGGGACAGCUCACUCUUGCAGAUGCGCUGAUUAUUGGGAACUGCAAUAACCAGGUCAAGUUCAGCGAAUUAACAAUUGAUAUGUUCCGAAUGCUACAAGCACUUGAAAGGGAACCAAUGAAUUUAGCUUCACAAAUGAACAAACCUGGAAUGCAAGAAUCAACAGAGAAACCAGCCAGGCGGGAAAACCCUCAUAAAUACCUACUUUAUAAACCAACUUUUAGCCAGCUGUAUACUUUUUUAGCAGCAUCAUUUAAGGAGCUGCCUGCGAACAGUGUACUGCUGAUUUACCUAUCUGCCACGGGCGUGUUUCCCUCAGGUCGUUCGGAUAGUGAAGGUCCGUAUGACUUUGGCGGUGUUCUGACAAAUAGUAACCGGGAUAUUAUAAAUGGUGAUGCUAUCCACAAGCGAAACCAAUCUUACAAGGAAAUGCACUGUCUUCACCCUGGUGAUCUCUACCCUUUCACAAGAAAGCCUCUGUUUAUCAUUGUGGAUUCUUCAAACAGUGUCGCCUAUAAGAACUUCACAAACUUAUUUGGACAGCCAUUGGUGUGCUUGCUUUCUCCAACAGCAUAUCCAAAAGCAUUACAAGAUCAGUCUCAGCGGGGUAGCCUCUUCACACUCUUUCUGAACAAUCCUUUAAUGGCAUUCCUAUUUGUCUCUGGAUUAUCAAGCAUGCGCAGAGGAUUGUGGGAGAAGUGUCAAGAUUACCUUAGAAAAAUCAACCGAGAUAUUGCCCAGCUGCUGACCCACUCACGUUCCAUAGAUCAAUCCUUUCUUCAGUUUUUUGGAGAUGAAUUUCUUCGCUUGCUUCUAACAAGAUUUAUCUUCUGUUCGGCUACUAUGAGGAUGCACAAAAUUUUCCGGCAGGAAACUCGAAAUUAUCCAGAAUCUUAUCCUCAACUGCCAAGAGAUGAAACUGUGGAGAACCCUCACCUCCAAAAGCACAUUUUGGAGCUGGCUUCCAUACUGGAUGUUAGAAAUGUUUUCCUGGAAAACACACUUGAUGAUUAUUAAAAGAAACUGUGUUACUGCAAAGGGGUUUCCCUGGUCACAGAUUUUGAAUGGUGCAGUUUUCUAAUGUGAAAAUCAUAAAAGGAAGUACUUGAUUUUAUUUUUAAAUUUAGGACCAUUAUUUUAAAAUGUAAUAAUAAACAGCUGUUAGUUUAGCUGUUCCAUUCUGUAUGGGGUCAAUUUUAUAAUCAAAACUUUUCAUGUCUUUUAAAUGUUAAACUAAAGAAUCACUAGAGUUUUAUUUCUGGUCUUGUGGCUGCUGUCAACCACAUUUCCAACAGCUGAUCCUAAGCAUAGAAGUACUAUUGGAUACCUUUAGCCCACUUUCGUGGAAAUCCUUUAUUUUUAUACAAUUUUAAAUAGUUGAAAAAAAUCAAUAGAAAAAACAAUAUUUUUCCCCAAAGACUCUGGAUUUGAAAUGGUAAAGAUGGAACCACGCAGUGCAAACCAACAAUAGCAAUAAGACAGAGUCCUUCAUAACAAAUAUAUUUUUUCAGUCUUAGGCAAGUAAGUAGACAAAGCUGAGGUAGAUUAAGCUGCAUUUGGAGCAGUGGGUUUGACAUGAAGUCAUAAAGAUAUUUAAUGCUCCCUAUAAAUUUGUCAUACUAAAGCUAUAUACAAAAUUUGUAUUGCUGCCCAAUGAUAAUUUCCACUCUACUUGCUUGAGUGAAUGGCUAGUAGACUAAUGAAUUGGAAAACCAAGAAAGUUGGCUCCCCUCUCUUACCAUAACAUGGGUCAUCCUGCCAUUUGUAUUGCUGCCACAGUUUUCUAGGAGGAGAAGGCAUUCUUCAUUUUGAACUAAUAGAUAGAAAUUCUUAAAUCUCCAGCAGGUAUAAUCCGUCCUUCCCUUGUGUUAAUGAAACAUGUGGCUCCCACAGUGUUAACAGUCCCUGAUAAGAACUGAAAAUGUAUCCCAUAAAGUGCUGAAUAUCAACCCUUCCUAGCACCCAGUUAUUCAACCAAUCUGUUUGGUAUCCCUGUGCCCUAGAAGAGGCGCUGGUGCUCCUCUAGGAGGUUAAAAAAAAAGUGGGUGCUUCCACAAAGCCCCAUUAAUGUUAUGUGUGCCCAUCGUUGCAUCUCAGUCCUUUCUCAAGCCAGUAAAACUGAGGGGUUACAAUAUUGUUUGGCAGUGUUACAGGCUCUCUCAGCCCAUAAUGCUCAGACUAGGUGUGUUAAGGAGUACUGUGACCUUUGUAAAGGCACUUCCUGGAGAAGUUCAGAAUUCUGACUGGGGGGAAGAAGUGCUUGCUGAGGGAAGUGAAAAAAGAAGUCUGAUCAGUGCUUUAAAGUUGAAACCUAGUCAUGCCUCCAAUUUCAGGUGGGAAAAAAAAAAGUUGCAAAAUGUGGAAACUACUGUAGUAGGCAAAGCUGUUUGCAAAGCUGUGACACAAUGGUAUGAUCAACUCAAAACCUGGAAUAAUGAAGGACUAGGAAUCAACACUGAUGGACGAGGGUCCAUUCAGCAGAGUGUAGCACAGAACAGCAGGAUUUGCUAGACUAUAAAUGGGAAGUUUGAAGUUCUCUGUGUCUUAGGUUGUAGCCUAUGCCCUCCAUUCUUUAAUUUCCCAAGUGUAAAAAUUUAGUGAAUACUAGUGUUUGUUUCUCUGAGCAGUCUUGAAACUGGUAUGUUGGGCCCCUCACCACUUGGUGCUGCUCUUCUUUGGACUAUGGCAGGACUUUGAUACCUGGGAUGUGGAGUUCAUUUUAAAGAGUGUGUGUUUGUCUGUGUAUGUGUAUUCUAGGCGUUUGUGUGUAUAUGUACAAUACACAUACAUCUACUUGCUGGUGUAAAUUGUAAAUAUGUAUAUAUGUAUAGGUAUUUGUAUAUGUAUUAAAAAGUAUGAAACAGUACAACGUCUAUAUACAAAAUUUAUAUAUACACACAUACGCCAUUUUGGGUGCAUUCCACAAAGUGUUCUAGAUUACUUGUGGCUAUAGUAAGGUUAUGGCUCUUCUACAAUUGUAAUUCUGUUUUCAGGGACUUACACUUGGUCCUUGAAGUAAUUCAGAACUGAAAUCAGGUACAGGAGGCCUUAGCUAGGGGUUAUGAAUACUCCUAUGCAUAUUGUAGUGAUUAGAUUCAUGGAUUCUUAAUGGUGAAGCUGAUGAUCUGCCUUUCCUUCUGGUAAGAGGUCCCUAGCUAUUAAAACUUGGGAUCAUAUGUGGAAGCUAAAGAUCUUGAAAGCCUUUAAAGCAGCAGCAGGUGAGAGUUACAGAUUAUCAUUUCUGUUAUCCUCCCUGCUGUUCCUCCACCAGCAGUGUUUAAUGUGCGUGGAAGAUGGGAACUUUUCUUCCCCUGGCUCACUGCCUUCUGAUCAGACACUUUUGUUCUGCUUUAGCUUUUGCUUUGAUGAAGCUAUUCUCAUUUUGGUUCCAUGUAUCUGGAAAAUAGUGUGCUAUUUUGAAGCAUAGGAGUGAAGAUUCCUUUAGUGUGGGCUGUGAACCUCUGUGGAAUAUUGCCUGCUAGCUGAAUGGGAAGUCUUGGCAGACACACUAGUCUGCAUUUUAGCUGGGCUGAGGCGAGGAGUCCUUGCUUGCGAUCUGCUAGGCCAGGAAGCCACUUUGAAGCCCUAAGAACAGGUUCUGUUUACUUGUUACCUAGAUAGAUCUAAUCAGAGGAGAAUGCACUUAAAAAAAUAAAAACAACAAAAAAAAUAAGCUGACUAAAGAAGCUAGAAUGUAGGAGGAGAAUAUGCGGCUUUGAAAAUUAGUUCAGAAGCUAAAACACAUUAUCAGCUUUGUCUGUUCAGGUCAAAAAUUCAUUCUUGUGUCCCUCAUUCUCUUCUUACCUAGUGACCUUUGGUUCAGAAGGAAUGCUGCUGAUAGGAGUAUUUGAAGAUUUCACUCCUGUUGUGUCAGUAGGAGUAAGAAAUUGUCCUUUAUAAGGCCUUUUAUAAGAAAAGGUUGAUACUUUCUGUCUGCUCUAGCUGUAGAUGAGUAUUUCGUCUUGGACUUUGAGCCAGACACGCUAUCCUCAGUGCAUCCUCCUGCCCCCCACCCCCCCCCCAAAAAAAAGCAGCUGCAUUCAAGAUGAAAAUGCUGACAUUUUCCCUCCAAGUAAAAGCUUGUCUUGUCUGAACAUACUAAACUUGUGCUACUGUGUACUGUGUGCUAUGGUUGUAGGUACCUUCUCUAUGUAUGCUUGUAUGUACUGAAGAAAAAAAUGGUUUAUAUAUCUAGCAGAUCUCACUAUAGGGGAGCAAAGACUGAAACACUUUUUGAAUGACGAGAGAACAGAUCCUUUUCUUCUCAGGCCUAAUGCCUUCCUUCUUGUAUCUCUCUCCCUUUUCCCAUAUAUCCUUAUUGCUUAUGUUAGUGGAGAAGACUUCCUACCAUUAGGCAGUACUGAAUUAAAAGGGUAAAUUCUGUAUGUAAUAUCUAAAGAGAGGAAAAUGUGAACUUGACUGAAUAUCUCCUUAUUGGACAUCUCCUGCCUAGGCCCAUGUUUACUGCAUGUGAUAUGUUUGAAUUAACCCUCCUUCCCCAGGAGGCAUCUCUAUUUGUACUCCUUUGUUCACUUUGGCUUUAGAACAUCUAGCCAGAUCAGUGCUGUUGCCUUCCCCUCCUUUGCCUUCCCCUCCCCCCCCCCCCACUCCUCCUGACUUCUCAAAAUAACAGUGAGAGGGGUAAAUAGGGCCAUUAAUUUUUAAAGCUGUUUUUACUCUUUGGACACUCAUUUUGUUCCGUGGCAACAAAAAUGGAGCAUUAAUUUCUGUGAGCUGUGCAAACUGGAGUUGCUCCCUGGAGUGCUUUCUUGUGAAGUUUCCAAACAAUUUGUUUGGGUAGUUUGUCAAAAUAACAUCCAUCAGGUCAUGACUUACUAAAACCCUCAAGAAUAUUCUACAGGGAGAAGUGUGAAGAUGUCUUUCUAAGGAUCAUAGAAGGUAGAUGGGGACAGGAAAUUAGGCUUCAAAUAACCAUCUUCUAAAGCUGUAAGUUCAGUAGCUCUGGUCAGGCUUCUUGUCUACAGAUGAGAUGAAAGUACAUCUCCAAGAUGCAUCCACAGGCAUGCUGUUUGAAUUACCUUCCUCCCUCCCCUUUUUCCUUACAGUAUGAUUCCGUGCUAUGCUUGAAGUCUGCUUUUUCCCAAAAGCUAAAAAGGUUGGGAUCUCUGUGAGCAACUUUUUUGUCUUGAGGCUUCUUUUGUAAAAGCUAGUUAGAUACUUCAGUAAAUAUUCUCAUUACAAGUCUCUAAUGAUAGCAGUGGCAGAGCCCUUGUUUAGUCCUGCCCAUCUCACAUUAAGGGGCUGCUUUGGUGUUGGUAGCUGAUCUGUGUGGUGGAAAUUGUUGUUCCUGUAACUGAGGGAGCUCCACAGACAGUAACAGCAAGAGUAAUCUCACAAGGGAAGAAGUCUAAUACAUCAGCUGAAAGCCGUUCUGUGCAACCCAGUACUGUUAGACUAAGCUGCACCACCAACUUCUCUGAGGGAUACCGGUAGAGAAGAUAGGGCAAAACUGUCCAGAGUACAUAACUUGCGUAUUCCUGACAUGGCUCUCUUACAUUGCUUAGUAUCUUUGACUUCUAGAGCAAUUUGGCUUGUGUGACCACAUCUAUUUCCAAGGCUUUGAAAGUUUGGAUGUUUACAAACAGAGCAGAGGAGGAAGCAUCAGACAAAUACUUCUGGUUUAUAUUUAGGAGUGAAAGUAAAGCUGCUGCUUCUGAAAAAGACCCUAUCUUGUCAUCACUUCUUUUCCUCCAAACCAUUGCUCUUCCAAGACAGAGGAGGAGAUCUAUUUGAAGAUUUCUGAAUCCGAGAGAUCUUUCAGAAGAGCAAGGAAUAACUCUGCAUUCCCAUUGCUUAUUAUGGGCCAGCUGCCCUGAUGUAUGCAUAGAUGGUUUGCUCUUAAGGAUCUUACUUUCACAUUGAGAGCAGACUUAAAUAGUUUGCUUGCACAAAGUAGCCCCCAAGACAUUUUUAGACCUUAUUGGAUCUUAUAUCAGCAAUUAUUCCUUCAAGGAAAAAAAGAAAAGCCUGUGUUGAGUAGCUGGCCCCUGACUUUGCAGAUUUCUUUGAGCAUCUGUUUAUUACCACUUUUCAGUAGUAACUGAUUUUUAGGAGCAGGAUUUUGCCUCAUACAUUUGAAAAGCACAAGGUGCUUAUGCCCUGGCCCUCAGCUCAGCAAGAAGUACAAGAAAAAUACAGAUGGGAAGGGGGGGGAUUUGGGGAAUACGGAAAGAUGAACUGUGUCUCAGACAGUCCAUCUACCAAGGGAAAAGGAGUGUUUUGCCUCUCUGAGAAGCAGAUUAUUUAUUACCAAAAGUAAUUUUAUAGUGAAUUGGUUUAAAGUUAUUUUACAGCCAUGUGCCUGUAUAUCAUAUUUUGGUAAAAAAAACAGAUAUUUUACUUAAAAUAUAUAGAGAUAUAUAAAUAAACUUUUUGGAGCAAAUACUUUUUUUUGCAAGGGAUCUGUGACUCACCAAAGCAAUGUACUACCAGAGAGUAUUCUGCCAUUGGUUUUGGUGUCUUUGAGAGCAAAGUAUGUUUGUAUUAUUGCUGAAGAUUUCAGGGAAAAGUAGAAAAACUAAAGUGAGAAUUGACAUGACUACUCCAUUUCAAAAAUGAAGAUCUUAGUUUCCACGUUGAUUUGUAUUAGUAGUUAACGACGGAACACAAGGCCUGCUUACUGCCGCCAUCACCAAGGUGCGCGCCCGUUCCAGUGACGCUUCCGCCAGCCGCGUUCGUGUACGCUUCCGUUGCUACCACGCUAGCUUUGCGGCCGUUUCUCUUAGUUUUGCCGUGCCCCCUCGUUCGUUGUCGCGUUACUAGGUUUUAUUUGUGUACUGUUGUGCUACGCUCGUGUGACGCGGGUGCGAGGCAGCCGCCGCGGAGACCCGACUCUGUACAUCUCUUAGAGACUCGUAUCGUUUCAGAUGUAAUGCUCUUGUUUUCUAACAUGUAUGAUUUGGCUGUUGUCAUGAUACCUUGCCUUUCUGGUGGAAUGGAAGGAGUUUACGAUUAAUAAACUGUGGCAAACG